AUGACGCUUGAUAUCCUGCAGUUUAUCGACACGAAGGGGGGGAAUUCCGAGGAGAUCCGUGAAUCUCAGCGGAAACGUGGACACUCUGUCGAGCUGGUGGAUGAGGUUGUGCAGAUGUAUCAGGAUUGGGUGAAGAUGGACUUCGAGGCCAACAAUGUGGCGAAGGAGGUGAACGCGGUACAAAAGCAGAUUGGGCUAAAGAAAAAGGCUGGUGGUGUGGCGAAGGAGAAUGCUGAUGACUUGCUGGCGUCAAAGAAAGAGCUCGAUGCUAAGGUGGAGACACUGCGGAAGGCCUCGAAGGAGCAUGAGGCGACAAUGAGACAGAAGGCGAGCACGAUUGGGAAUAUCGUUGGCAAGGAUGUACCCGUCAGCCAAACUGAAGCCAAUUCUUUCGACAAGGACGACAAUGUUACACUCCGUACAUGGCAUCCAGCACAAGAAGAGGCUGAGCCUCCAGUCCGAACAGACAUUAUGCCCCACCACGAAGUUCUCCUCCGAUUAGAUGCGAUGGACCUCGAUCGCGGCGCAAAAAUCGCUGGCCACCGUGGUUAUUUCUUGACAAACGAUGGCAUUGACCUGAAUCAUGCCCUGAUCGCCUAUGGACUCGACUUUCUGCGGGACAGAGGCUACAAGAAGAUACAGCCACCGUUUAUGAUGAACAAAGACCAGAUGGCAAAGACAGCGCAGCUGGAUCAGUUUGACGAGGAGCUUUAUAAGGUCAUUGCCUCGGACGACGAGAAGUAUCUGAUCGCCACUUCUGAGCAACCCAUCUCUGCCUUCCAUUCGGAAGAGUGGUUCGAGCAACCCGAGGUCCAACUCCCGAUAAAAUAUGCGGGCUACUCCACGUGCUUCAGGAAAGAGGCGGGCUCUGCGGGGCGAGACAUGUGGGGCAUUUUCCGUGUCCACCAGUUUGAGAAGAUCGAGCAGUUCCUCAUCACGGACCCCAGCAAAAGCUGGGAGGCAUUCGACAAUAUGAUCGCCAAUAGCGAGGCGUUCUACCAGAGCCUGGGAUUGCGGUAUCGCGUUGUUGCGAUCGUUUCUGGCACCCUGAAUCUCGCUGCGGCACAAAAAUACGACUUGGAAGCGUGGUUCCCUUUCCAGCGUGCACAUAAAGAGCUUGUUUCGUGCUCCAACUGCACCGAUUACCAGAGUCGAAGACUAGAGGUCAGGUGUGGGGUCAAGACCAAAGACCAGGCACGCAAAGUCUACGUCCAUAUGCUUAACGGGACGCUUUGUGCCACCGAGCGAGCGCUGUGCUGUCUCGUCGAAAACUACCAAACAACCGAGGGUUUGGUGAUUCCGGAAGUUCUUCGGCCGUAUAUGCGUGGUCGCGACUUUUUGCCAUUUGUGAAGGAGCUGCCGAAGGGCAUGCAGCAGAAAAAGCAGAGUUAG